AUGCCGUUGUGUUUCACUUUCAGCGGCUCAAAGAAAGCCUUCGAUUCACUUGAGACGACAGCGGUCAUGGAAGUUUUGGACGAGCAAGGGGUGAACGAAUGCUGGUCGAAUUUGAUGAAAAGUGUAAAGAAAAUCGGUCUUCAGCUGAACCUAGACAAGACGAUGUUAACGGGGAACGGAUGGGUUUCUGAUGCCCCGCUCAAGCUCAGCGGAACGAAUAUGUCCGAAAGCUCCAGCUAUGUAUAUCGAGAUCCUAACUGGAAAAAGCCUUCUGAUUGUAAGAGAAAAUUCUGGGCGGAGGUGGUCAUGGAAGAUCUGAGGACAUUUGCCGUUGACAGGCACAUUAGUCGAGACGUGAUGUUCCAUCGCUUAUGGAGUAGCGUCGGAAAGAUGGGACGACACACCCUGGCGAAAAUGCAGAUAGCCGCGUUAGGCCGUAACACCCGCUCACCGAUUAAGACUCCAGCCAAUCGGCGGCUUCAUUUUAGUGUGCUGGAUAUUGAGUGGAACCCAGUCGCUCGCGAGUCUGGCUGCCUGAUGGUUGUUGAAACACAUUACUUGUUCCCUGCACCUUUCUUCACUUUCCUUGUGCUGCUGUGCUACCUCACGUCUUCUUUUGCCCAUGUUGGAGUUCAGAUUGAACUGAAGAGCGACAUUUUUACAUGUUCCGCCGAGUUCGGCCAGUAUUGGUUUUGCUUGCUUAGAGCUGGAUGUUAUCAGAACGAUCUUAUCGGCAAAGCGCAAAUGGUAGUAGCAAAGGCUUAUGCAGAACAGAAUCGAAGGUUGAAGAGGAGACUAAAAGAGAUGAAAGAAGAAUUUCAUGAAAUGAAGAAAAAUCAUCUAGAAGCUGAGGCUGGAACUAUUCAACCGUCACCUGGUUUGAAUGAAGCCGCAGAUACGACUGGCUGGACACCAUUGUCACUGGAGAUGAGAGAUACGUCAACCACACCCACAAACGGAGUUAAUGGAAUCUACCGCUUCGAACUGCUGCCGGACAACACGACAAUUACUGCCGAGGUCUACUGCGCUCAUUUGCAAAGACUGGCCGACAAGAUCCGCAAGGAGCACCCGAAGUUCGACAACGUUCGCCUGCUGCACGAUAAUGCGCGCCCUCACAUCGCGAAGAAGACUUCCCAGAAAAUUCUGGGGCUCGGAUGGGAAGUUCUACCGCACCCACCGUACAGCCCGGACCUGGCCCCGAGCGACUACCACAUCUUCCGAUCGCUUCAGCAUCACCUGGAAGAGAAGCGCUACGAUGAUCGUGACCACCUCGAAAAUGACCUUUGGGCUUUCUUCGCCUCUAAAUCGCCGGAGUUCUACGCCAAAGGAAUCCGUGAUCUUGUGAGACGUUGGCAGAAGGGUGUCGAUGUUGAUGAGAUUAUUUCGUCGAAUAAUGAAAUGUUGUUAAAAAGUUGUGUUGUUUUGAAAUUUUGCCGUAUUUCGGCAGAUACUUUCCGAACACCCUAA